CCCUCUCUUUGCCGGUCUUGCGCGUGGCACGUCCGUUCUGAGCUACUCUCCUAGGAGGCAACGCAGAGGAAGAGGGAGCGGAGGAGAGAAGCUGCAGCAGUUGGGAAAAGGCGGGUAGUUCAAAACUGAGCGAGGGAAAACCACGGCAGGCGCACGCGGGCAGUGCAGCGGGAGGCGUUUCUCUUUCUCGCUUAAGGCAACGCUCUGGAGCUGAGGCGAGCUGGAGCAGGGGAAGCCCAGAGCUGCUGUUGCUGCUUUUUCUCCAACAGGCAGAGAGCAGCGCUCUUUCUGCAUAGUUCUUGCGCUCAGUCCCUGCCAGUUCUUGGGAUGGGUGCGAAUUCGUUCCCUUUUAAAAGCCCUCUUUAAUCACUCUUCCCAGCCGCCGCCGCCGCCCCCCACCCAUCUCUUGCUCCACAUUCGGAAGCAGAGCCCUUUUCACCGUCUCCAUUGACUUGUACGAGGAUUUGGGGUGUGUGGAACUGCUGCUGGUGAUGUUUUGCACUCAAGCAUCCUAGGUGAUGCCUGUACAGUUGUGGAGUAUUUAUUUAACUUCAGCCUCCUUGUGACUCCAUCAGGAUCAUAACCAGUUCCAAGCACAAGAUGUCAGAAAGCCACUCAAUUCUAUCCAGUAUUCUUAAAAGAGGCAGACUGACCUCUCCCGGCAACAGUGCAAGAUAUUUCAGCUUUAAAGAUUCUUGCUCCCCUUCCAUAUUUCAUGACAGUGGAUACAAUGGAUCAUUAAAAGACCCAAGCUUUGAUUAUAAUGAUGCAGAACAUAAAGGCGAACAGAAUGAAACAGGCCUGUCUGAAUAUUCAAAACAUGCACAUUCCAGUUUAAGCACUUCAUUGUCUCCCAUUGACCAUGAAAAUGUUAUCUUUUUAUCAGAAAGAAAGGAACCAAUUACACAUACAGACUUAUAUGAAACACCAAAACUUGUUAAAAAAGACUUGUCACUCCGCAGAAGAUUGAUUGUGUCUAAAUCAGCUUCUGUUGGUUCUUUGGGGUGUUCUGAAAAACAAGUAUCUUCAGGGAGCUGUCAGAAAAAAGCAUGUUUAGCUCACUUUCUUAGUCUUGAUGAAAUAAUUUCAAAAUGUGCCUUGGAUUCUCCAAGAGAGAAGAGCUACAAGCCUUUGGCUACUAGUACUUUAAAAAGUGAGGACCCUAUUUCUGGUUGUCAGAAACUCAGGCUUGUUUUCUCUCAGCAGAGAACAUCUACAAUAGAUGAUUCAAAAUCUAAAGGCAGCUGCUUGUCCGAGCCAGGUUGUUUAUCUCCAAUCCAGCCUAAAUCAUCUACAAAUACACCUAAUAUUUUUAUUGACAAUGUUCUUAAUAGUUUUACUGAUCAAAGCACUUGUCCAGAAUUGAUUGAAACUCCUAACUGUACUUUGUCUGAGACAAAUGAAGAUAGAUUUACCACACCCAUCAAUAGUCUUGUAGAAGGAUUUAGUCUUAAUAUAUCUGAAAUAAAUACCCCUCCAGUUAAAGAAAUAAGUGACUUGAGCCUAUCAACCCCUGGUAGCAACAGCUAUAAUUCACUUAGUUUAGAUAAAUUGGAGGAGUCCUUGUCAGAACAUGAGGGAUCUUUCCAAGAACUACUUCAAAAACGCACGGAAUCAUCUAGCACUCUAAACUCUAAAAGAAAGGUAAGAAAGCUACAACGCUCAAGAAGAUUAUCCACACUUUCAGAAUGUGGUUCACAAUCAGAAAAAGAGGAGGACUGUGAUACCACUGUUGCUCAUUCAAAAUGCAUGCUAAAGAUAGCUGGCUCUAUCAACGAAGGCAAUGAAUUGGUUUUUCAUGAGGAUGACAAAUGCAUGGCUCCAGAUUUUGGCAGUCUGUCAAGGACCCCUGCUUUGCAGAUAGUGCAUGAGCUUUUUAUGCAAAACAGAAGUAAAAGAACAAAAGAAGGUGACCUGUUGAAGAAAAUUGAUGGAGCUGACAUAUCUGCGCUGAAGUGUAUUGUGGCUCAACUCAUUGGCAGGAAAAUGGGCAUUGAGAAACUAGAUAUAUUAACAGAAUUAAGAAUCAGAGACUUAAGACAUGUUCUUACUUUGAUUUUAGAUAUCCUGACUGUGGAAAGCCUAUGCAGUAUGUGGAAAGUAAGCAAGAACUGGCGAGAAAUUGUUAUACAAGAUAGACAUGCAAAUCGGAGGAGAAAGUUGUACAUAAAACAGCUGACAGUUGAAGCUAAGAGACACCUGCCAGAUACUGAAGAUGCUGCCACUAGACUUCUGAUGACCAGAUUUGCACUACGAUCAGUCCAGGCUCAAGCAAAACCUGCUGUAUUACAAAUGCAGCCCUCUUGUGACGAGUCUUUGACACCUCGUGGAUGCAGCCCUGUUCUUCAGUCAGCUAGUAAAGAAGAAGUGUGUGUAAAGGUUGCCCAAUCCCUCUUCAGUGACGAAGCUUUAAAACCUUGUCCAAGAUGUCGGUGUCCUGCAAAAUACCAAGUCUUUCAAAAAAGAGGACUCUGUAGCCGGGAAGACUGUGCAUUUGACUUCUGCACUUUAUGUCUUUAUGCCUUCCACGGAUCAAGAGACUGUAGCAGUCCAUCUGCUAAACGACAAAACAUAAAAGAUGCUCUGCCAGGAAGUGUAAAAAGCAAGAGAAACUUAAAACGUCUCUAAAUAUCUUCGAAUGAAUGGAACGUAUUUCCCCUCCCCUUCAAUUCUCUAUUUUGUAUAGGUAGCACUUUUAAACAAUUAUGCAUUUUGAAAGUAUUACAUAUUGUAAUUUUGACCAUUAAUCAAGUUGAUAAUUUAAUUCUCUGUGUAAAUAUCCUAAACUUGACUUUUGAUACAUUUCAGAAAAAAAGUGAAAACAUUUUAAACUCCUUUUGUCUUGGUGUUUGUCACUUUGCCAGACACAUUCAAUGAGAUUUCAAUAAAGUACUUUCAAUGUAGUUUUCACUACAUCUUA